AUGGUCGGGCCGGGCCGGCUGCUGCGGCUGCUGGCGCUGCUCGAGCUGCCCUGCUGCCUCCUGGAGCUGCUGCUCGGGGAGGCGGCCCGCGGGCAGGAGAUGUACGCGCCCCACUCCAUCCGCCUGGAGGGGGACAUCACCCUGGGCGGCCUCUUCCCCGUGCACGCCAAGGGCCCCCCGAGCUCGCCCUGCGGGGACAUCAAGAAGGAGAACGGCAUCCACAGGCUGGAGGCGAUGCUCUACGCGCUGGACCAGAUCAACAGCGACCCGGACCUGCUGCCCAACGUCACGCUGGGCGCCCGCAUCCUGGACACCUGCUCCCGGGACACCUACGCGCUGGAGCAGUCCCUCACCUUCGUGCAGGCGCUCAUCCAGAAGGACACCUCCGACGUGAGGUGCACGAACGGCGAGCCGCCCGUCUUCGUCAAGCCGGAGAAAGUAGUUGGAGUGAUCGGGGCGUCGGGAAGUUCCGUGUCCAUUAUGGUGGCCAACAUCCUCCGGCUCUUCCAGAUCCCACAAAUCAGUUAUGCCUCAACUGCACCAGAGUUGAGUGAUGACAGGCGCUAUGAUUUCUUCUCACGUGUGGUUCCUCCAGAUUCCUUCCAAGCACAAGCAAUGGUGGACAUUGUGAAAGCUUUGGGAUGGAAUUAUGUAUCCACUUUGGCAUCUGAAGGGAAUUAUGGAGAAAAAGGAGUCGAGUCCUUCAUGCAAAUUUCCAGAGAGGCAGGUGGGCUCUGCAUUGCCCAGUCCCUGAAGAUCCCCCAGGACCGCAAGGACAAGACCAUCGACUUCGACAAGAUCAUCCGGCAGCUGCUGGAGACGCCCAACGCCAGGGCCAUCGUCAUCUUCGCCAACGAUGAGGACAUCAGGCAGAUCCUGGCGGCCGCCAAGAGGGCGGAUCAAGUGGGACAUUUCCUGUGGGUGGGCUCGGACACCUGGGGCUCCAAGGUGGGCCCGCUGCUGCAGCAGGAGGACGUCGCCGAGGGGGCCAUCACCAUCCUGCCCAAGAGAGCCACCAUCGAGGGGUUCGAUGCCUAUUUUACCUCCCGCACCCUGGAGAACAACAGGAGGAACGUGUGGUUUGCAGAGUACUGGGAGGAGAACUUCAACUGCAAGUUGACCAUCACUGGCUCAAAGAAGGAAGACACGGACAGGAAAUGCACAGGGCAGGAGCGCAUCGGGAAGGACUCCCCGUACGAGCAGGAGGGGAAGGUGCAGUUCGUCAUCGACGCCGUGUACGCCAUGGCCCACGCCCUGCACCACAUGAGCCGCGACCUGUGCACCGACGGCGCCGGGCUCUGCCCCGACAUGGAGCACGCGGGGGGCAAGAAGCUGCUCAAGUACAUCCGCAGCGUGAACUUCAACGGCAGUGCUGGCACUCCAGUGAUGUUCAACAAGAACGGGGACGCCCCAGGGCGCUACGACAUCUUCCAGUUCCACAGCACCAACACCAGCACCCCGGGCUACCGCCUCGUGGGCCAGUGGACAGACGACCUCCAGCUCAACGUGGAGGAGAUGCAGUGGGGCGGGGGCGUGCGGGAGGUGCCGCCCUCGGUGUGCAGCCUGCCCUGCAAGCCCGGCGAGAGGAAGAAGAUGGUGAAGGGGAUGCCCUGCUGCUGGCACUGCGAGCUGUGCGACGGGUACCAGUACCAGGCGGACGAGGUGACCUGCCUGCUCUGCUCCUACAACGAGCGGCCCAACGAGAACCGCACGGGCUGCCGCUCCAUCCCCAUCAUCAAGCUGGAGUGGCACUCGCCCUGGGCCGUCAUCCCCGUCUUCCUGGCCAUGCUGGGGAUCAUCGCCACCAUCUUCGUCAUGGCCACGUUCAUCAGGUACAACGACACGCCCAUCGUGCGCGCCUCGGGCCGCGAGCUCAGCUACGUCCUGCUGACCGGCAUCUUCCUGUGCUACAUCAUCACCUUCCUGAUGAUCGCCAAGCCCGACGUGGCCGUGUGCUCCUUCCGCAGGAUCUUCCUGGGGCUGGGCAUGUGCAUCAGCUACGCGGCCCUGCUGACCAAGACCAACCGCAUCUACCGCAUCUUCGAGCAGGGCAAGAAGUCGGUGACGGCGCCCCGGUUGAUCAGCCCCACGUCCCAGCUGGCCAUCACCUCCAGCCUCAUAUCGGUGCAGCUCCUGGGGGUCUUUAUUUGGUUUGCGGUUGACCCGCCCAACAUCAUCAUAGAUUAUGAUGAGCAGAAAACUAUGAACCCCGAUCAGGCCAGAGGAGUUCUCAAAUGUGACAUUACGGAUCUACAAAUCAUUUGUUCCUUGGGUUAUAGCAUUCUGCUAAUGGUGACGUGCACUGUGUAUGCCAUCAAGACUCGGGGUGUCCCAGAGAAUUUUAAUGAAGCCAAACCCAUUGGAUUCACUAUGUACACUACCUGUAUAGUAUGGCUUGCCUUCAUUCCAAUAUUUUUUGGCACUGCCCAGUCAGCUGAAAAGCUCUACAUACAAACCACCACACUCACGAUAUCCAUGAACCUCAGCGCGUCGGUGGCGCUGGGGAUGCUCUACAUGCCCAAGGUUUACAUCAUCAUCUUCCACCCCGAGCUCAACGUGCAGAAGCGCAAGCGCAGCUUCAAGGCGGUGGUGACGGCGGCCACCAUGUCCUCCCGGCUGUCCCACAAGCCCAGCGACCGCCCCAACGGCGAGGCCAAGACGGAGCUGUGCGAGAGCGUGGACCCCAACAACUGCAUACCACCAGUAAGAAAGAGUGUUCAAAAGUCUGUUACUUGGUACACUCUUCCACCUACUGUAUAGCUUUUGCCUGCUUUCCAAAAAGAAGCUGCCAUGGGAAGGCUUUCCUGGAAAAGGGGAGACCCAUAACGUGGGUGAUUCCAAUGCCUGUGUUGGGAUCCCUGAGCACCAGCACCUGGUAGUCUCCUGCUUCCCACCACUGGGGGUGGAUCCCAAUAAAGCUUUUGAAGAUGGAGAUAUUCAAUAACCAUUUAAAAAAGGAACAAACAAACGAUCAAAAGUUAAUUCUGGCCACCAGAUCUAACAACUAACAAAAGUGUUUUCUGAGUCAUUUUCAGCAUCUCUACCCACAGGUUUGCCUGGUAGCACAAAAAUAACCUUUGCCAACAUGUGAGCUGAGCAAUCCUCUUUACUCUAAAAUUAAAAAUGGCUCCAAAAAAGUUUGCAAAACCUUCUUUUCCCCAUGGGAGAACCCAGUGACCACUUGCUGCUGUGGAACCACAAGUGAACAAUUUUUGAGGACUGGCUUUUCCUGAGUGUUGUGGCUGCCCUCGUGGUGAUGUGUGAGCUCACUUGGUACUUGUGACUCCAUCAGCCAGGAAUUCCUGCUGCUCUAGGGCAAUUAGAGGAACAAGAAAGCCUUUGAUAUUGGGGAAAAAUUACUACCAACCAUUAAUAGCUAUUUCUCACAAUUCUGUGUGCACUCAGGGGGUUUGUCCCUCUCUUUGGGGCUUUGGCCACUCCUUCAGGCUUAGCCCAGGUAUGGAAGGUGCUGAUCUGGUUACUGUGGUGCUGUGCACUGAGGGCCUGAAGAAAUGACUAUUCAGCCUUCAGAAUGUUUCACUGAUUUCUCAUAGAUGAGAACUUAUAUCAGCAAAGGUAGAAAUGUUGCUUGAAUUGAGUCUCUGAGUCACAGGAAAAAAGAUUCCUAAUAUCUCUGGUGGUGUAAAUUGCCCCAGCUCCAGUUUCAAUUUAGUCCUUACAGAGUGUUCAAAUUGGUUUUAUUGUAUUUGAAUCAGGGCCAUUAUGUCAACUCCCAGCUCAGGCAGAAAGGCUGAUUUGAGGUGUGAAGCUCUUCAUGAACAUCGGGAUGACCUGGAGCAUCCGAGGGCCAGAGUCAGGAAGGGUGAUGAUGGCUGGGCUGGAGGGAAAUGGAACAAAGCAGUCGAGGGGGAGAAGGGGCCACUCAAAGUAUUAUUGCAAAUGAAAUGGGAAAGAGGAAAGGGCAGCCAUGUGAAGAUGAAAUUGUUAAAGGAAGGAGAUGAGAAGGAGAGAGAUAGAAGACGCCUUAAUAUGUGGAGAAAUCACUUUUAAACAAAAAACUGGAAAAAAAAAGCACAAGCAUUUGAAAAUAAAAUAAUUAGGAGCUCACAUGGAUUUCUAACAUUAAUUUUCUCCAUGUAAUAGUGGAAAUAAUAUGAGGCAUUGCUGUCUGCAAAGGCACACAAGUAACGUUGUCAUCCAAGUCCUAGAAAAAGCAAAUUGGCCAUUCAGACUCUUUGAGCAGAUUUUAAAAUUUGGUUCAGAAAAGCUGUGAAAAUGCUAUGGUCAGGGAUGGCUUGGGCUUGCACUGGUCCUGCCAGAGCUCCUCUGCACCAGGCUCUGUUCCCCAUCCCUCCCCGGAGCACUCCUGCUCUGGCUGGGCUGGCGGCUCUGGCUGCUGCAGCUCUGCUUGCUGCUUUGAUUUGUUCUUCCAGGAGUACAAAACGAAAACCAGCAGGAAACAAUACACUGUAUUAAAAACAAAGCAGGGAUAGCAGGAAAACAUCAACUCGGUUGUAAAUUGACACUUGUUUAUGCUGGUAACUUAUUUGUGGUAGGUAUGGACACAGAGCUGAGCCCUGACGGGACUGUAUCAAUUUCUGCUUGUGAUGCACAGAGUUUGUGUUUAAACUUGUGUUUAUAAUGCUUUAAAUUGCUUCCUGGGAGUGACAAACAGGACUUCUCUGCUGGAGAGACUGAUGAAAAUACAAGGCUUGAAAAGCUCUGUGUGGUAGCUGGGUCAAGGUGGCUUGUCCAUCACUGAACAAGGCAGGGAAAGUCAAUGUUCUGGAGAGCCACAGCUGGUGCUGCAGAAAUGCCUGCUGCACUUUUCUCCUGAUCCAGGGCAGCAGGAAAAGGCAGUCCAGUGACCGAAGUACUUGUGAUAUCUGAAAGACCUGGAUUAGUCCCUUGGGCUUUGGAGCCUCCCAGUGCAGGGCUCCACAGCUCUGUUCUCCCUCCCUUCCCAGAUCUCCAGGCAGCACAAGGUUCCCCCCUCGCUGUGUGCUGGGCACCAGGCUCUCAGGGGUGAGGGCAGGGAGGAGCAACUCAGCAGGAACCUGUCCUGACCUUGGCCUCUGCAUUCCUCUGGAAUUCCUCUCGGUGUCCCCAGGCUGGCCCUGU